AUGACUAGCGAUGCUGAUGACGUUUUAGAGUUCUUGGACUCUUUACCCACGACUAAUGUGAAGGGAAAGGGUAAGGGUACGAAUGCAGGAGGUCACGAUGAAGAUAUUAUGGAUUUUUUGGAUGAAUUGGAGAAUAGCAAUUUGGAUAUAAAGAAGAAGCCUUCGAAUAAGGAAGCGUCCAAACCCAAGGAGGAAGCUGCGAAGGCCGCAAAGCAGGAGGAAAACAAAGCAGCAGCUGAAGUGAAAACCGAAGAAGUGGCUCAACCGGAACCCAAGGAGGAACAAGAGAAAGAGAAAGACGGGGAGGAUGACCAUGAGGAAGCAGUUCAAGACCCGAUUUCUUCUAUUUCCAAUUGGUGGUCUUCUAGUGGUUCUGCCACCGUUUCUAGUUUCUGGAACAAAACUACGGAACAGGCGAAUCAGAUUAAGGAACGUAUUGCCACUCAGGAUGGAAACCUGAAGAUCAACGAUAUUGGGGCCAAGCUAACAGCGUUGCAGGGAUCUCAGGUAAUCUCCGGAUUAACUUCACAAUUGACAAAAAUUGUUAUCGGGGAGACUGAUGAAGUGAUUAGGAUCCACUUGGUGCAUGACUUGCAGAACUUAGAUCAAGAGACAAUCACAUACCAGGUUGAAGAGAAGUUUGAAAGGGUUUUGUCUCAACAAGUACAAGGUGGAAUUAGAAUAUUCGCAGACGAGUGGGAUCAUGGCAAGGCCAUCGACGAUAAGAUAAACAUGAAUAUUUUCCAGGGGAAGGCUGCUGAUGGAGAGAAACUAUGUCUAGCCAAUUUGGAAAACGCCACCAAGACGUGGGAAACCUCUAGAAAGCAGGCUAGAAGAGCCAGUAAUCCAGUGAGCAAAGUGAGUGAUCUUUUCAUUAGUAUUUUGGCAUGCGAAAUUCCGGGCAAGUCUGAAGAAGAAGAAGCUUCAAGCCCUGUUAUUGUCGAUGCAUCAAAACAGAAUAACUUCCACUUUAUCAUUAUACUAAAGGAUAUAAGCAACGAUAUUCUCCUAAUAGUGAGAUCACAGGGGUAUCCUAGUAAAUGGGCCAACUGGCUCCAAUCAGGCUCUGUAAGUGAUGAGGAAUUGAGCGACAAGAUCGAUCCUAGUGAUUGGGUCAAGCCGUGGAUUUCUGAAGGUUUGGAACUAACCUUUAGCAUUCUAGCGCAACAAUAUGUCAUCAGUAGAAUGGGUUUGUAA